UUUCCGCUCGCAUCAUUUUCGGCGUUUUUCACUUUUGUUACAACUGUAUUAUCUUAAGUUUUUGUUUAGAUUUGUCUUCUUUUCACCAAGUUUUUCUUCACUUUUUGAAACUGAGAUUAUUUUUAACAGACAUAAAAUCGACACGAAGCUGAUCCGCUUCACGGCUGCUACAUAACAAGUAUAUGGGACGAAUUAUUACUGUGACCUGAGCGUAGCCUGGUCACGCAUAUUAUGUCAGACAGUGAAGAUGACAGUAGAAGUCCAUAUGAACAAGGGGAACUAGCUCCAAGUCCUGAUAUGGAAAUGGUAGAGAACAUCCAGAUCUCAUUUUCUGUGAAUGCAAAAGAGAGAAUAGGUGUUGAUGAUGAAGAUGAGGAGGAAGAAAAUGAGGAAGAUGUAUCUCAGACUGAAGAUGAUGAUGGGGAUGAGCAUAUGGAAGAGGAUGAUGGCAUAAACAUUAAGCCACCUCAGAAUCAGGCAGGUCGAAAGGAAAAAAGCCAUAAACACCGACACAAGGAAGAAAAGAAAAGGGAUAAAGAGCAUAGAGAAUACGAAAGAUACAAAGAUCGAAUGAGGGAGGGCAAAGACCCUGGGAGGAGCAGGGAAGCAAAGGAUGCAAGAGAUGUUGGAAGAGGUCAUGAUGAGAGAUUUCAUCAUGGUGAGAAAGCAAAAUCUCGAGAUGUAAGAGAUGGUAGAGAGGUCUAUAAGGAGAAAGAUAGAGAGCGUGACAAAGAACGCAGAGUCAAAGAUGUACGAAAAGAGAUAGAAAAACGAGAAAAAUCGCAGAGGGAAAGGUACGAAAUAGAAAGAUUGGAAAGGAUUGAAAGAGAAAGGGAGAGAGAGAAAAGGAUAAGAGAAGACAGGGAAAGAAGAGAAGAUAGAGAGAGAAAAGAAUUGGAAAGGAGAAAGAGACGUGAAGAAGAAAAAUAUAUGGCUGCUCAACAGAGAAUGGAAGAUGUAUAUAGACGAGAGAAAGAGAGGAAACUAGUCAAACAUGGACAUGGUGAGGCCAGAAGUAGAAGUCGAGAAAGACAUCGACAGACAGAAAGGAAAGAUGAGAGGUUCAAAAUGAGGAAACAGCAAUCACCAGAGCCCCCGAGAAAAUCCCAAGCUCCCUCAUCCCCGGAACCCGAGCAUGAAGAAGAAGAAGAAUCUCCGGAGAGUCCAGACCCAGAGCACCAUGAUCACCAGGGCAGUGGGGCAUCCAACAGUGGCGAUUCUGGGUCAAACUCAGGGUCAGACAGUGACAGUAGCAGUGGGAGUGAGAGUGAUGACCAUGAAGAGAGAGAACACACCCCAGAGGACAAAGGUUCCAUGGUCAAAGUAACUUCAAAGUUUGACGACCAUUCUGAUCAUGAGAGUGGCACGGACACGGCCCACAACUCAGAGCAGGAGGAGGAGGAGGAGGUGUACAUGGAUGAGACUCCCCCAGAGUCCCCUGUGGAGCUCCGCCCAGAACUCCCUCCCUACCUGCCCGCUAUACAGGGCUGUAGGAAUGUGGAGGAGUUCUCUUGUCUCAACAGGAUUGAGGAGGGAACGUAUGGUGUUGUGUACAGAGCCAAGGACAAAAAAACAGACGAAAUAGUCGCUUUGAAAAGACUGAAGAUGGAGAAAGAGAAGGAAGGAUUCCCAAUAACUUCUUUACGAGAGAUCAACACAUUGCUGAAGUCACAGCACAUGAACAUAGUAACAGUCAGGGAGAUAGUUGUUGGAAGCAACAUGGAUAAGAUCUACAUUGUGAUGGACUAUGUGGAACAUGAUAUGAAGAGUCUUAUGGAAACUAUGAAGAAUCCAUUUCUAAUGGGUGAAGUGAAGACUUUAAUGAGACAGCUGUUAAAAGGUGUGGCUCAUCUCCAUGACAACUGGAUCAUCCAUAGAGAUCUCAAGACUUCUAAUCUUCUUCUUAGUCACAAAGGGAUACUAAAGAUAGGAGACUUUGGGCUUGCUAGGGAAUAUGGAUCCCCGUUGAAGCAUUACACUCCCAUAGUGGUCACCCUCUGGUACCGAGCUCCAGAACUUCUUUUGGGCAUCAAGGAAUAUUCUACCCCAAUAGAUCUGUGGAGUGUAGGUUGUAUAUUUGCUGAAUUCCUGACAAUGAAACCGCUGUGGCCAGGAAAAUCUGAAAUAGAUGAGCUUAACAGAAUAUUCAAGGACCUUGGGACCCCUACAGAGAAGAUUUGGUCUGGAGUGAAGGAACUGCCAGGAAUGAAGAAGUGUACGUUUGCUGAACACCCAUAUAACACACUGAGGCAGAGGUUUGGGUCUUACCUCACCGACUCAGGAUUUGGACUGUUAAACAAAUUCUUGACCUAUAACCCAACAAAGAGAAUAACAGCGGAGGAGUCUUUGAAGCAUGAGUUUUUCUCCGAGUCCCCUCUUCCUAUUGAUCCCUCAAUGUUCCCCACCUGGCCAGCCAAGAGUGAGCAACCCCGCAAACACACUAGCUCCCCCAAACCCCCCUCUGGAGGAAAGGCCUACUCAAAACUUUUGGGAGGAGAUGAUGAUAAGAUGAUAGAAAUGUCAGGAGGGUUCCAUCUAACAAAUGCUGCUAAAGGAGUCAGUGCAUCAGGGCCAGGAUUCAGCCUUAAAUUCUAAGGAGGGACCAGUCAAAUUGUGCUCUAUCUAGACAGUGAAUGCAGCCUCAGACACUGUGUUCAGGAAUUGAUUUCAUUCAGAUUAUAAAACAAGUCAAGAUCUCUUGUAUGAGCUACAGAAUGACACAUAUACUAGUAUGUGAAUGCAUUGAUACAGUACUUGUUAGACAUGUCAUAUAAAAAACAAA